UAUACAGUUCCACUUUAAAGACUUAGAACCGCCUGCCAUAGUGAUGGAGGUCACAAAGAAACUUAAACUACCAACAGCAGCAGAGAAGGGAGUAUGGAAGGGAAUUGAUGAAGACCUGAUUGUUUUGGUGAACAAUGUAGCAGCAGAGGACGUGGAGUCCCGACUGGAGAAGGUAGAAAAGCUGGUAUACAGCUAUCUGGAAAGCAGAUUCGGUGAAGAGGAAGCGAAGAAACCUCGUGUUCCCCAGAAGGAAAAGGAGAACAAGGAGACAAAAGUUAUUCGCUUGGCCAAGAGAGAGGCUAAGAGAAACAAGAAAGAUGCUAGGAGAAGCAAUGAUCAGAAUAUGUUGGCUCAAGCUAAGACUGAGUACCUGAGACUCGUGCGCUUACACAACAAAAGCCGUCGUAAUGAGCUCAGGAAGAAGAAGAAUAAGGAGAGCAAAAAGGAACAGUCACAGUUUAAACAAAACCCAUUUCAAUUUGGAAGGAAACUGCUGGACGGGGAUAAGAAGAACAAACCCCCUAAUUUCUCCAAGGAAGUGGCUGACAGAUUCUUUAAGAAUGAGUACUGUGAUAAGGAGAGAAGUGCUCUAUAUGUAAAGCUUAAAGGACUGCCCGAUGCCCCAGUACCAAAGACUGCAUUUGAGAUGGAGAGAUUGGACUGGGAUGAGUUUCAAACGAAGCUGAAAAGCCGUAGAAAUAAAUCAUCACCUGGUCCGAAUGGAGUCCCAUAUCUGGUAUAUAAGAGAUGUCCCAGAAUGGCGAAAGCAGUAUUCAAAUUGCUGGAUUCUCUAUGGGAAAGCCAGAGAGUCCCGCUGCAAUGGCGAGUAGGUGAAGCCAUUCUGAUAGCAAAAACUGAGGAUUUAGAUGACCCUAGUAAGUUCAGAAACAUCACUAAAACAAACACUAGUGGAAGUUGCAGAUGGGAUUACUAGCGGACAGAAUGCUAGAGUAUAUGGUCAGUAAUAGCUACAUAGACACGUCUAUCCAGAAAGGAUUCCUGCGUAAGACACCAGGUUGCCUCGAGCAUACUCAGGCUCUGAUGGAAGAGUUGAAGGAUGCCAAAUCUAAUAGACGACAGAUCUUUGCAGUUUGGGUGGACCUAAUGAACGCCUACGGCCGGGUUCCCCACAACUUGAUAAUAUAUGCUCUAAGACAUUAUAAGUUCCCAAACUGGCUCAUAGAAUAUAUGUUUAAGUACUAUGAUGAGCUGAUUGUGAGAGUGGUGACAAAGGACUGGAAAACAAACUGGUUCUUUUAUAUGUUAGGUCUUUUUCAGGGCGACCCUCUAUCGGUUGUACUGUUCUUAAUAGUUUUCAACCUACUAUUGGAUCUCCUGAAAAAUCAAAGCGACUUGGGUUACAAGCCGUCUUUUAGUUCUAGCAGCACGUCAAGUCGUGCUUUUGCUGACGACCUAACUCUGAUGUCUCCCAGGCUGGAAAAGAUGAAGAAGCUAAUAGAUGUGAUGGAAAGAUUUCUUACUUGGUCAAGGAAAAUGAAAGCCAAGCCGAGUAAAUGCGUAUCCCUGGGGAUGAAGGUUAUAGAUGGAAGGCAGUGGACGGAUCAGGCCUUAAUGGAGUGAUGAAAUGCUGGAUUUACAACAACCUCCUAACCAGCAAGCUCUCCUGGGACCUGAUGAUCUACAAUCUCCCGGUGUCCAAAGGUUACUCUCUAAAGAACAGCAAGGAUCCUAAAGUUAAGGAGGUCUACGAGCACAGGGCCAAGAAACAAGAAGGGAGCAGUCGGUGGGGUUACACUAAUGAGCUGAGUGCUAGAGAAAGAGAUCUCUACUUCAGAGAGUUAGUAGGGGUAACAGUGCAAGGCAGGAUGGGCUUGGGAUCCAAGAGGAGUGUAGCCAGUGAAAAGGAAAAACUGAAAGAACUGGUAUCCCACAUCUCAGAGCAGGAUAUCCUGUUGACACUGGUAGACAAGGGAGUUCAAGGACAAUUCUUAACAUGGGAAAACACCAUGCAGCUAGACCUAGGUUGGAACAACCUUAUUUACAACUACAAGAUGAGCCCUGCUCUUCUUAAGUUCCACCUCAAUGCAACCCAUGACGUUGCAAAUACUCCAGCAAACAUGAGCCUGUGGAACUAUGCUGACACAGGACACUGUCCACUUUGCGGAUGGAGACACUGCAACAUUAAGCACAUUUUGGUAGCUUGCAACUUCUCGCUGAACAACAAACGAUACAAUUGGAGGCAUGACAACGUGCUGCGGGUCAUUGCGAAAUCCCUACUGGAUCAAAUCGAGAAGUUCAACAACAAAGAUUUUAAACUUGAAGUUCAGGACUGGACAGGCUUCAAGUCAUCUAGCAGCUGUUACCAAAAACCGAAGACGAAGAUGAAAAGAGAGAGCCCUUUUGAGAAAGACCAAGAUUGGCAGAUUAUCUGGGACGAAGAUGACCUCCCAGCACAGUUCCCCCAGCACAUCUACGGAACUGCAGAACGUCCCGAUAUUGUAGUCUGGUCUGAUAAAGGAAAGGUGGUCAUAUUAGUAGAGUUGACAGUUGGUGACGAGAGUAACUUUAGUGACCAAGUAGAACGUAAACAAGCACGUUACAACAGAGAGCUUAUUCCUGGGCUGCAUGGCAGUGGGUGGAAAGCUCAGCUUUUUACGGUAGAGGUUGGGUGUAGAGGCUUCUGGCAUCAUACCUUACCAGCCCUACUAAACUACUUUGGUGUUACAAAGAGAGUAAAGAAAGCAGUGUUCCAAGAGGCGGCUUUGGUUGCUCUCAGAUGUUCCUAUGCAAUCUGGUUAGCAAGAGAAAACAAGAAGUGGAGUCCCUGCUACAACAUCGCACAAAGACCCACUGUUCUACCAUCAACUGAGUGAGCUGAGUGUUGGGCCCUUAAAACAUUGUUUAAAGCCACACCUGGAAUCUCAAGUACCAGGAUCAGUGAUGGAAGCUAAGCAGAUACAUAGAUGGAGUUGCUAUCGAAAGAUAUAGAACUCAGGUAUCCAACAUCGUACCUUGAUUAUAUUGUAGUAUUUUC